GCUCAUCCCAGCAGCAUCGGGCUUCCUCUGCCCCGCCCCACCCCAUGUUCCGAGGACCCUGGACUGGCUCCCUUCCUGGCACAUGCAGGAUGCUGCCCCUGCUGCUGCUGCCCCUGCUCUGGGCAGGGUCCCUGCAGAGAGAUCCAGGGUUCAAGCUCCAGCUGCAGGAGUCGGUGACAGUGCAGGCGGGCCUGUGUGUCCUGGUGUCCUGCUCCUUCUCCUACCCCUGGACUGGGUGGAGUCCCCCCAGCCAGCUCUACAUCUCCUGGUUCCGGGACGGAGAGGACGGAUACUAUUAUGAUCCUGUGGCCACAAACCACCCAUCCAAAGGUGUCAAAACAGAAACCAGGGGCCGAUUCUACAUCCUCGGGGACGUCAGGGCCAACAACUGCUCUCUGAGCAUCAGGGACGCCAGGUUGGAGGACACAGGACGCUACAUCCUGAGAGCAGAUAUAGGACCAAACACAAGACAUUUUUACAGAGAUAAGAAGCUGGCUCUGCAGGUGACAGUCCUGACAGAGAAGCCCGUCAUCCACUUCUUGGAGCCUCUGGUGUCCGGUCACCCAACCAGCCUGAGAUGCCACCUGCCAGGGUCCUGUGGAGGGGAGACUCUCCUGUUCUCCUGGAUGGGGGCCGUCACUAACCCCAUGGACCCCGGGGCCCUCCAGUCCUCAGUGCUCAGCCUCACCCCUCGGCCCCAGGACCACAGCACCAGCCUCACCUGUCAGGUGGAACUCCAAGGAGCCCAGGUGACCACGGAGAGAACUGUCCAGCUCAAUGUGUCCUACGCCCCUCAGAACCUCAGCAUCCGAGCCCUCUUCAGAAACGGCACAGCCCUGAAGGUCCCAAGCAGUGCCACAUGGCUGACUGUCCUGGAGGGCGAGUCCUUACAGCUGGUCUGCAUGGCUGACGGCAACCCACCUGCCUCACUGAGCUGGUCCCGGAGGACCCGAGCCCUGAGUCCCUCCCAGGUCUCGGGGUCUGGGGUCCUGGAGCUGCCCCACAUGCAGGCUGAGGACGGAGGGGAGUUUAUCUGCCAGGUUCAACACCCGCUGGGCUCACAGUUUCUUUCCUUGAGCCUCUCUGUGCAGAGAAACUCCUCCUCCUGCCUGUGUGUCCCUGAGAAGCAGGAGGGCUCCUGGCCCCUGGUCCUCACCCUGGUCAGGGGUGCCCUCAUGGGGGCUGGCUUCCUCCUCACCUACUGCCUCACCUGGAUCUACUACACCAGGUGUGCAGGAGCCCAGGGCAGCAGGGCCAAGAGGCCUGGCUGAGCCCCUGCCCAAGACAGAAGUGAGCCCUUCAGAGGGAAUGAGCUUGGCUUCCUGCCCCCAUUACCAUGAAGUUGCUGUCUCAACACUUGAGACAACUUCCCUGUCGGCACAGAUGCAGGUGCGCAUGGAGUCGUGAACACUGCAUUUCUUUUCCAGUCGAGGAUCCUACCUUGUUAUAAUUAUUAUACAAUAGUGUAGCAUUUAAUUGUGAGUAAACAUUUUUAUUAAACAAUACAACAUAAAAGUUGAUUUCA